AUGGACAACUACCUGGCAAAGCUCUAUCCUAUCCCAUCUCCUCAUCCACCUUCAGCCAUUUCUCCGAAGGUGUAUCCUGGAUCCACACCAGCAUCGACCGCCGCUCUGCGCGAAGUGCUGCAAGACAACUACAAGAAAUGGCAUGUAUACAUCGAUGAUUACGGUCGACACAACCAUGCGACUCACCAUAUGUUGGCACUUUGGUCGCUUGGGGCCGACGAGAACGUGAUAAAGGCAGCGUACAAGUCCAAUUGCUCGUACCAGAAACCUGCGUUUAGAUCUCCUGGUCCGAUUGACGAAAGUAAUUUCGUCGAGCAUCUCGGGGACCACGCGUACUACAAUGCAUAUAUGCAUUUCUUCUACAAGGUCCUACAGGACCAUACUGUCUCCGAAGUCCUUGAGAAAUAUCUAUUCUCCAAUGAGAUGAAUUUCCCAUCGCAAUCUGAUGGGAAGAAGAACCCCCAGAUGCUUAGCCGUCUGCUGGACGCAAUCGUGCACCCUCUCAUCCAUAUCGGAUAUGGCUUAGAACUCAACAUCCCGGGUAUGCUGGUCGAAGGUUUGGCAUCUGCGGCGAUACACCAGACGACCUCUACCAAAGUCAUCAACCCUGAGCUAUUCAAUGCAGCAAGCCAAAGCAUCGUCAAUAUCCACGCAUUGAAGAUGAUGGCACGAAUGCUAGCGGACAGCCGUCUGGACAACCGUGUUGUUAGUGACCCGUUCGCGAUCUAUUCGAAGACCAUGGAAGACGUUGGGCUAAUCAUCAAGUCGUACGUCGAUGAGUGGACUUUGGACACCACCGAUCCCACGAUGGUCCCCAAGAAGUUCGAGGAGCUCGUUUGGUUCUUCACGAUUAUCUACGGAAUUAGCACCUGGAAGGGAGGAGAUAUUCUGCACGCCGAUUUCUUCUAUAUGCAUCUCGUUACAUCAAGUCUCUUCUUACCCUCCGUCCUGCCGUACCUUUCGCCUCGUUCUCAAGUGCUCCUUCUUCGGUCGUACAUGAUGGUCUGCCUGACUUGGUGGGUUGGCCACGGGCGCCAGCGACCCGACAUACGAGGGUUUUUCAAAGCAGACACCGCCUAUUCGAGACCUCCUGGCCCGCAGCCAGCGCCUCUCGUACUGACGUUCCCCUCGCCGUCGUCUCCGUCAGCCAUCACCCCCAACCCCUGGCUCCCCCUCCUCCAAUCAAGCAUCGUCCACGUCGACGAGCACCUCCCCAAACUCAUGCGCGCGUUGGCUCAUUACGGUGCUUUGUAUGGCACUCGGGGAGCUGGAGACGUCGAGUUCAUCAAUACAGGUCUCGAAGGCGCAGAAUGCCUUGACGGGACGUUGUUCGUCCGGGUGGCGGGUUUGACAGCCAAGUGGAUGGGUAGGAUUAGGGAAGGAGAGAAACCGGCGUUGUAUAAGGGAGACACUUACGUCGUAGGUCGCUACUGGGUAUUCCCUGAUUCGGAUGUUCAGGGCCAUUAA